GUUUACGUUAUUGAAGAAACAUAUGUAUAUUUUAUAUUAGAGAUUGGCAAGUUAUAUAUGAAUGAAUAUUUCAUUUGCCCUACUUAAAUUUCUUAAAUUUCGGAUACCAAACUGAAGUCUUUCCGUUUUGUUUAGGACUGCGAAUUGAAUGAAUAAACAGAUCAAAUAACGAAAAAGAUCGAAGAAUGAUUAAUGAUUAGAAAAAAUAAAUGGAAAACUCGGGUUGUAUUAAUUCAGAAAGACUCAACAAAUAGGAACUAAAAAAAGAUUAAGUCUUUCUAAUGAUCGAAUGAUUCAAUGAUAUUAUUAUUUAUUAUUUCAAUUUGGCGUUUUUAUUUUAGUUAUUUCGACUGGAUGAAUAUUACUAACGGAAUAAUUAAGUCCUAAUGCAUUGGUUGAUUGUAUCAUUAACCAUUUCUUUUUUUUGUGUGUGAGGAACUUAUCAUGAAUCCAUUGAUUUCUACCGCUUCCGUUAUUGCUGCUGGAUUGGCUGUAGGGCUUGCUUCUAUUGGACUUGGAGUUGGUCAAGGUACUGCUGCGGGACAAGCUGUAGAAGGUAUUGCGAGACAGCCCGAAGCAGAGGGAAAAAUACGAGGUACUUUAUUACUUAGUUUAGCUUUUAUGGAAGCUUUAACAAUUUAUGGAUUGGUUGUAGCAUUAGCGCUUUUAUUUGCGAAUCCUUUUGUUUAA